CAACCGGGCAACGAAGAACAAGAGCGGCUCUAGAAAGGGAGGCGCUCGCACGCCUGUGCGUCAUCACCCUUUACUUCACUGUGUCCCAUCGCCUCAUUCAUUUCACUUCAUCGCCUCAUUAUUCAUAUCUGCCCUCCCUCGGCCCCUCCCCCAUAUAUUCGUUAUUUUUAGCGCCUUUUCUCUUUCUCUCUCUCUCUCUGUGUCCGGCUGCCGAUUUCAGGCGGGAGGGAUGUAAGCGGAUCUUUGUUGAUAGAUUGGAUCUUGGUAGGCGGUGGCGCCUGGGAGGAGGGGCGAUCAUGGCGUCGUCGAGCGAUCUGAGGUCGACGAGCAGCGUCGGGCGUGGGCUGGCGGGGAGCUUCAGGGAGGUGUGGGUGAGCGCCGACGACGUGUUUAGCAGGAGCAUAAGAGGGGAGGAGGAGGACGACGAGCAGGCGCUGACAUGGGCGGCGCUGGAGAGGCUGCCCACCUACGACCGGAUGAGGAGGGGGGUGCUCAGGCAGGUGAUGGACGACGGGAAGGUGGUUCUUGGGGAGGUGGACGUCAGGAGGCUGGGCGUCGCCGGCCGACGGCAGCUGCUGGAUAACGUGCUGAGGGCCGUCGAGGAGGACAACGAGAAGUUCCUGCUCCGCCUCAGGGAAAGGGCCGACAGGGUGGGGAUCGAUCUCCCAAAAAUAGAGGUCCGGUUCGAGGAUCUCGCAGUGGAGGCCGACGCGUACGUGGGAAGUAGAGCCCUCCCCACUCUCCUCAAUGCCACCAUCAACUCUCUUGAGGGAAUUCUGGGGCUGCUGAGGCUCACCCCAUCCAAGAAAAGAGUCCUGAAAAUACUGAAUGAAGUGUCGGGGACUCUAAGGCCUUCAAGGAUGACCCUGUUGCUCGGGCCUCCCGGCUCCGGGAAGACGACCUUGCUCCUCGCUCUUGCUGGCAAGUUGGAUAAAAACAAACUUAGAGUUGCCGGGAAGAUCACGUACAACGGGCACGAGCUGACAGAGUUCGUCCCAGAGAGAACGGCUGCGUACAUCAGCCAGCACGACGUCCACAACGCCGAGAUGACGGUCCGGGAGACGCUCGACUUCUCCGGCCGCUGCCAGGGCGUCGGCCCGCGCUACGACAUGCUGACCGAGCUCUCCAGGAGGGAGAGGGCGGCUGGCAUCAAGCCUGACCCCGAGAUCGACGCCUUCAUGAAGGCCUCUGCCGUCCAAGGCCAGCAGACCAGCGUCGUCACUGACUAUGUCCUCAAGCUGCUUGGUUUGGAUAUGUGUGCGGAUAUCAUUGUGGGAGAUGAGAUGAGGAGAGGGAUUUCAGGUGGGCAGAAAAAGAGGGUGACAACAGGUGAGAUGUUGGUAGGACCUUCUAAAGCUAUGUUUAUGGAUGAAAUAUCUACGGGCCUUGACAGCUCUACCACCUUUCAGAUUGUCAAGUUCAUGAGACAGUUCGUUCAUAUCAUGGAUGGAACAAUGCUGAUAUCUCUUCUGCAACCUGCGCCCGAGACCUACGAUCUCUUUGACGACAUCAUUCUGCUUUCAGAAGGCUACAUUGUGUACCAAGGUCCGCGGGAGGAUGUUCUUGAAUUCUUCGAGUUCAUGGGUUUCAAAUGCCCAGAGAGGAAAGGAGUUGCAGAUUUCUUGCAAGAGGUAAUGUCAAGGAAGGAUCAGGAGCAGUACUGGGGUGACAGAGAUAAGCCUUAUCGCUAUAUCUCGUCUGAGGAAUUCUCACAAGCGUUCAGCUCCUUCCGAGUUGGCCACCUGGUAGCUGCUGAUCUUGAAAUUCCAUAUGAGAGAUCAAAAUCUCACCCAGCAGCACUAGAAACAAAGAAGUACGGUCUCUCUAAUUGGGAUCUGUUCAAGGCCUGUUUUUCAAGAGAAUGGCUCCUUAUGAAGAGAAAUUCCUUUUUGUACAUAUUCAAGACUACUCAGAUCACAAUCAUGUCAAUAAUUGCCAUGACCGUCUUUUUGAGGACUCAAAUGAAGCAUGAAACCUUUGCAGAUGGUGGGAAAUACUAUGGUGCUCUCUUCUAUGGUCUGGUCAAUGUGAUGUUCAAUGGAGUGGCUGAGUUGGCACUGACUGUGACCAGGCUUCCUGUGUUCUACAAGCAGAGAGAUUUCCUGUUCUAUCCUUCUUGGGCUUUUGCUUUGCCCAUUUAUAUUUUCCGGAUCCCACUUUCUGUAUUGGAAUCAGGAUUAUGGAUCUGUCUCACUUACUACACAAUUGGGUUUGCUCCUGCUGCCAGCAGGUUCUUCCGGCAAUUCCUUGCGUAUCUCUGCAUACAUCAAAUGGCACUUGCUCUUUUUCGGUUCCUCGCAGCAGUGGGAAGAACACUGGUUAUUGCUAACACAAUAGGGACUUUUGCGUUGCUUGUAGUGUUUGCUCUUGGUGGCUUUGUGAUAUCUAGAGAUGAUAUCCAACCUUGGUGGAUCUGGGCAUUCUGGUUGUCGCCUAUGAUGUACGGACAAAAUGCUAUAGCCAUUAAUGAGUUUCUUGAUGAAAGAUGGAACAAGAAAAAUACAGAUCCUACUAUUGAUGCUCCUACAAUUGGAAAGGCUCUUCUUAAAUCUAGAGGAAUGUUUACCCAUGAGUACUGGUAUUGGAUAUCCAUUGGGGCGUUGAUCGGGUUCUCAUUUCUGUUCAAUAUUUGCUUUGUCCUUGCCCUCAAGUACCUAAAUCCCAUUGGAAAUCCUCGUUCCAUUCUGCCAGAUGAGGACAGCAAAGACAACAGCAAGAAAUCAAGAUCGUUCAGCAAACAGACAUCAAAGUCAUUAAAUUUUGACUCUCAGUUUCAUGAUCCAGUUUCUGAAGGAAUCGACAUGGCUGUCCGAAACAGUAACGGAAGCACAGUAUCAGAAACAACAAGUUCCAGGAGAGGAAUGGUUUUACCUUUCCAGCCUCUUUCUCUAGCAUUUGACCAUGUGAAUUACUACGUUGACAUGCCUUCGGAAAUGAGAAGUCAAGGAAUUGAAGAAAGCAAGCUCCAAUUACUGACUGAUGUUAGUGGUGCUUUCCAACCCGGAGUUCUCACUGCUCUUGUGGGUGUAAGUGGUGCUGGAAAAACCACAUUGAUGGAUGUCCUAGCAGGAAGGAAAACAGGAGGAUAUAUUGAAGGAAGUGUAUACAUUUCUGGUUAUCCAAAAAGGCAAGACACUUUUGCUAGAGUUAGUGGUUAUUGUGAACAGAACGAUAUACAUUCACCUUAUGUCACUGUCUAUGAGUCCUUGGUUUACUCCGCAUGGCUUCGUCUCUCUUCAGACGUAAAAUCAGACACCAGAAAGUUGUUUGUUGAAGAAGUUAUGGAGUUAGUAGAGUUGAGUCCAAUAAAGAAUGCUCUAGUGGGUCUUCCUGGAGUAGAUGGCCUCUCAACUGAGCAGCGGAAACGUCUAACUAUAGCUGUGGAGUUAGUAGCUAAUCCUUCAAUCAUCUUCAUGGAUGAACCGACAACAGGGCUUGAUGCUAGAGCUGCAGCUAUUGUUAUGAGGACAGUAAGAAAUACAGUCGACACAGGGAGAACUGUUGUGUGCACUAUUCAUCAACCAAGCAUUGAUAUUUUUGAAGCUUUUGAUGAGCUUUUGCUGAUGAAGAGAGGUGGGCAAGUGAUUUAUGCAGGACCUCUUGGUGUAUGUUCCCACAAACUCGUCGAGUACUUUGAGGCAAUACCUGGAGUGGCCAAGAUCAGGGAUGGAUAUAAUCCUGCAACAUGGAUGUUGGAAGUUACUUCUACUUCAGUUGAAGAUCUACUUGACAUUGAUUUUGCAGAAAUUUAUGCCAACUCCACCCUUUACAAGAGAAAUCAGGAACUUAUUAAGGAACUUAGUACUCCUAUGCCUGGUUCAAAGGAUCUUUUCUUCCCUUCCAAAUACUCCCAGAGCUUCCUAACUCAAUGCAAAGCCUGCUUGUGGAAGCAACAUUACUCUUACUGGAGAAACCCUCAAUAUAAUGCUACUCGGUUUCUGAUGACAAUUGUCAUUGCUCUUCUGUUCGGUACCAUCUUCUGGAAAGCUGGACAAAAAACAGCAACCCAACAAGAGCUGCUCAAUCUGCUUGGAUCAAUGUAUGCUGCAGUACUAUUCCUUGGAGCUAGCAAUUCAAUGACAGUUCAGCCUGUUGUGGGCGUGGAAAGGACGGUUAUGUACCGCGAAAAAGCAGCAGGAAUGUACUCUGCAUUGGCCUACGCCAUUGGUCAGGUUAUCAUAGAGAUUUUCUAUAUUGGGGUACAGACCCUUGUGUAUGGCUCAAUGUUAUUUUUCUUGAUCGACUUUCCUUGGGAUGUUCGCAAGUACCUGUCGUUCAUCUACUUCAUGUUCAUGUGUUUUGUCUAUUUCACCCUUUAUGGGAUGAUGGGGGUGGCCCUCACACCUAACCAUCAUAUCGGCGCCAUUGUUAGCUCUUUCUUCCUUAGCUUCUGGAAUCUCUUCUCCGGCUUCCUCAUCAGUCGGCCACUGAUUCCAAUAUGGUGGAGAUGGUACUAUUGGGCUUCCCCUGUUGCAUGGACAAUCUAUGGGCUUAUUACCUCUCAGCUGGGGGACUUAGAAAGUACAUUGCAGGUUCCAGGACUUGGGCAAGUCACAGUAAAGCAAUUCCUGCAGAGUUUCUUGGGAUUCAGAUAUGACUUCUUGGGGGUGGUUGCUGCAGUUCAUGUGGUAUUUGUCAUGAUCUUUCUUCUCAUCUUUGCCUUUGGAAUCAGAUUCCUCAAUUUUCAAAGAAGAUAAAACCCAAAAAAGUGUUGCCUUGGAAAUUAAAAUUGUAUGGAUGUAAAUUAAUCUUUUUGUUCUUGUACAAUGAAUAGUGUAAUAUUUGCCUUAAUACUACCUCUUCCAAAAUGUGGAAAGAUGGUGUUGUCCUAAGUUUGCCCCCUCCCUGGCACCCUGAAGCACAGGGACUAUGUUGGGAAUGGCCUUGCCCUUUUUGCUCCUUUCCUAUUUCAUUUGUUCCCAUAGUGGUUUACAACAGUUUCUUAAUAUUUUAAGGUCCUGUUAUUGGACACUUUCCAUGAAUAUCCAGAUAAAAAUUAAAAUAGUAUUGACCU